GAAAUGAUGCAAAACCAGAGCACUGUAACUGAUUUUGUCCUACUGGGACUUUCGAAUAUUCCAAGAGUUCAGAAAAUGAUUUUUGUUGUGUUUUUGUUGGUCUACAUUGCAACUGUUUUGGGCAACAUGCUGAUUAUAGUAAGUAUCCUCUGCAGCCCUGCACUGCUGGGCUCCCCCAUGUACGUCUUCCUGGCAGUCCUGUCCUUCCUGGAUGCCUGCUUCUCCUCUUCCAUCACACCAAAAAUGAUUGUGGACUCCAUUCGUGAAAGGAAAACCAUCUCUUAUGAAGGAUGCAUGAUUCAACUUUUUGCUGAACACUUCCUUGCAGGGGCAGAGGUAAUUGUCCUCUCUGUCAUGGCCUUUGACCGCUAUGUGGCCAUUUGCAAGCCCUUGCACUACUCUUCCAUCAUGAACUGGAGGCUCUGUGGCAUUCUGGUGGGGGUGGCCUGGACAGGGGGCUUCUUGCAUUCCAUCAUCCAGAUUCUCUUUACAUUCCAACUGCCCUUUUGCGGAUCUAAUGUCAUUGAUCAUUUCAUGUGUGACCUGUACCCAUUAUUGGGGCUGUCCUGCACUGACACCCACAUCCUAGGCCUUCUGGUGAUUGCCAAUAGUGGGUUAAUCUGCAUCAUCAUCUUCUCCCUGUUGCUUGUCUCCUAUGGUGUCAUCUUGUUCUCCCUGAGGACACACAGUGCUGAAGGGCGGAGGAAAGCUCUGUCCACCUGUGGAUCGCACAUUACUGUUGUGAUUUUGUUUUUUGUUCCCUGCAUAUGUACCUAUGCAAGACCUCCGUUUGCCUUCACGUCUGACAAAAUGGUGGCCAUAUUUUACACCAUCCUGAGUCCCUUGCUUAAUCCUUUGAUUUACACUUUCAGGAAUCAGGAAGUGAAAAAUGCCAUAAGAAAAGUGUGGAAGAGAGUGGUGGUGUUUUCUGAUGAAAGAUAG